UCCCACGGACCCGGGUGGGUGUAACACGAGGCUCAGCCUUGGAAGCAGAAACGUCUGUUUUGGUUGAUUUUGCUUGUAGAUUUAUGUCAACGUUUAUAUUUGUUCUGUCGUUUGGCCUUAAUGCAAAUAGCUGUUAGCAUUGGGCGAGUUGACACAGCCCAGGACACUGAGGACAGCUCAGUCCCACCGGCCGCCACAGCAGAGGCAGCUAUGUGCAGCUGGAAACCGACCCCCCCCCCGGGAAACAACACGCGGGAUUGAACUAACCUCUCGGUUUAAAGCCGAGUCGAGCCGAAAAGCGUGUCUGCACCCAGGGCAACGGAACAGACCAUGAACGGCCACAAAUUGCUGUUCUCCAAGCUGAAGUGGUGGACCUCAGGGAGAAGCAGAUGGCUAGGUCCCCUUCGUGAUGGUGUAAGCGGAUGUGGAUCAGCAUCCUUUUACUCCUGCGGCCCAAGGGUGUGUAUCGUCGGAAGCGGCCCAGCAGGUUUCUACACGGCGCAGCAUUUGAUCAAGGCCCGCCAAGAUGUCGAGGUGGACAUAUAUGAGCGCUUGCCUGUCCCGUUCGGCCUGGUCAGGUUCGGAGUGGCCCCCGAUCAUCCUGAAGUCAAGAACGUGAUCAACACAUUCACACAGACGGCCAAUCACUCGCGCUGCAGUUUCUAUGGUAAUGUGAACGUGGGGAAGGACGUGAGCGUUGAAGAGCUGCAGCGAGCCUACCAUGCAGUCGUGCUGAGUUAUGGGGCAGAGGGGAACAGAAGACUGGGGGUGCCAGGAGAAGACUUGGCUGGUGUUUACUCUGCCAGAGACUUUGUCGGCUGGUACAACGGGCUGCCCAGCUGUCGAGAGCUGAGUCCGGACCUGAGUUGUGAAACCGCUGUCAUUCUGGGACAAGGUAACGUGGCCCUGGACGUAGCAAGGGUCCUGCUAUCUCCCAUUAACAUGUUAAAGAAGACCGAUGUGACGCAGCCAGCUCUGGAGGCUCUAGCUGAGAGCCAGGUCCGCAGGGUGCUGAUUGUUGGCAGGAGAGGACCAAUACAAGUAGCUUGCACAAUCAAGGAGCUGAGAGAAAUGGUGAACCUGCCGGGCACCAGACCCGAGAUGGUGGCGGCGGAUUUUGAGGGGGUCACGGAGGCUCUGAAAGAUGUGCCAAGGCCCAGGAAGCGUCUGACGGAGCUGAUGUUGAAGACGGCCCUGGAGAUCCCUGGGGAGAAGGAGCAGCAGAGGCGGAGCAUGGCCUCCCGCACAUGGGGCUUUCGAUUCUUCCGGAGCCCGGUCGAAGUCCUCGCCGACCCCGGGAGCAACAGGACGGCUGGCGUCCGACUGGCGGUCAACAGGCUGGAGGGUUCAGGUGAGGGAGGGCGUGCCGUGCUCACGGGAGAAGUGGAGGAUGUGAGCUGCGGCCUGGUCAUCAACAGCAUCGGCUACAAGAGCCUCCCCAUCGAUCCAUCAGUGCCGUUUGACUCCCGCAGGGCUGUUGUCCCGAACAACAUGGGCCGCGUUCAACAAGCCACAGGUCUGUAUUGUAGUGGCUGGCUGAAAACUGGCCCCACUGGGGUGAUAGCCACCACCAUGAACAACAGUUUUGACACUGCACGAUCUGUAGUGGAGGACAUGGACUCGGGAACGCUGGAUGUAUCCGCCGCCAAGUCUGGUUCACAAACCAUCAGUGCUCUGCUGGAAGAGAGAGGAGUGAAACCAGUGACUUUCUCAGACUGGGAGAAGAUCAACCAUGCGGAGAUGAGGAAGGGUGAAGCCGUGGGAAAGCCUAGAGAAAAACUACUGACUGUGGAGGAAAUGCUCCAGGUGGCUCGAGCAUGACCGAGGAAGAGAAAAAGCGCAUUCUGGUAAACACGGGACACUGUGUAAAGGUUGUAGAAUGAUACGACCUUAGUGACUGACCACCAAGGGCACAGAAAAGAAAUUGCAUUACAAGCACUCAACAUGGAUUCACUUUGUACAGAUGGCACAUUAAAAUAGAUUUGGUUCUGUAGUGUCUUUUAGUUUAUUUCCUCAUUCAACUCUAUCGAACGAACACUGAAAGACUGAGUUGGUGUUUCCUGUUGCACUAAAAUAAAAUGUUGAUGGACGCUAUUAGUUAUAAAGGUAUGUACUGUAAUUUACUGUAUGUAUGCUAAAGACUGAAAUCUAUUUAGUAGAUGAAAUAUAUACACUUCAUAUAAUCAUAUUUGACCAUCGUGAAUAUCUUUUACACAAAAUAAAAUGUGAUUUAUAUCCUUUAA